AGUUUUGGAACCCAACCCUAUGGAGAAGUAGUAGUACUACGUGGUAACAUGAUUGAUGCGUGUCCGUGGUGUCGACCAGCCUUGAAAAUGGAUUCGCAUGAAGGCUUUUGGUAGAUACGUCAACAGUAAAUGGCUGAUCAUGCCAAGCGAACACGAGGCGUGGGAAUUUCGAAACUGCGGAAAUACCUGUCGGUGACUGGCUUCAGUCAAGGAACUUACCUUUUCUUCAGAUCGUCGAUGACCCGGCGUUAUCUUCGAUAUAUUUUACCAUCGAGGACGCGUCAUGCCAACUACAGACAGUUUUUAACAACUUUCGCAGAAAAUAAAAAGAGAAGGAAAAAAUAGCAAAAAAAGAAAGCAACCUUCACAUCAUUCAUGGCGGAUGUGCCGCAGCGUGUACAUACAAAAUACGAGAAAGUGUUUUGAACCAGUUCAGCAUUGACCCUGAAAGAAAUGUAACAAAAAUCAGCCAGUCACACGAUGCAGGAGGACUUUUUCCCCGCGGCUGAAAAAAUACUUUCUGACAUCGAGAUUGUGUUGCAGAAGGAUCCGAAUCUGAUCGGCUUCGAAAUAAUACCUGCGGUGGACAACGAGAACAAAUCACCAGUGCUUCAUGCUGAUAAUUCUCUAGGCCUAGCAUCAUGGAGUGUGAAACCGCUAUACCGUUACACAUACAAUCGACUGCUCGAAUUGCGUCAGAAUCGCAAUAAAAGGGAGGAUCCGAGUACUGUUUCUCGAUGGCUACUAGGUGCAUUGUUGUUGAAUCCUGACGUAACAACGUUUUGGAACAUGCGGCGAGAACUUGUGAGGAAUGGAAGACUUGAGUGGAAAGGUGAACUACACUUCGUUGCGGUUGUUCUGUACUACAAAGCAAAAUGCUUCGAAGCGUUCGCUUACAGGCGUUGGCUUCUCCAAUUCGCGUUUAGUAGUGCUAACACACUUGAAACGUUGGAUGUUGAAAGACUGCUGAAAAACGAAGUGGACAUUUCCUCGAUGUCCGCUGAUAGAUACGCAAACAACUAUCACGCCUGGAAUCAUCGCGAGUACAUUGUUACCACCUUCGCCAUAUAUUCUCCAUGUACUUUUGCCUCAUUUUUAGAGUCAGAAUGGCUGACUUCGGGAAAAUGGUGCAGUCUCCACAUAUCCGACUACAGCGGGUUUGCUUAUCGACAAUUUUUGAUGAAGAAGCUUCUCCAGGCUGAUGACGAAUUCACUCAUAUAACCAGGCAAGAAAUGAAAUUCAGGGAAACCAUCGCCAAAUUUGUUAAACUUGAAGAUACCGCUCAUAUUUUGACUGCUCCAUGUUAUCAAGUUUUAAACUAUUUGCACGCCACCCCUGGUCACCAAAAUCGCCACAACACUGACUAUCUUUCUAUCCUCACCGGUCUCUCAUAUUGGGCUGAAGAAUGUAUGUUCAACGAAGAAUUGCUCAAUCUCUAUCCAGGUCAUGAGUCUUUUUGGUAUCACAGAAGGUUUCUUUCUCAUCUCUUGGUUGUCAUGAGCAAGUCAUACGAGAGAUAUUCUUAUUAUAAAACAGAACUGAUCGAUAAAAAUUUACACCGACUUUUGGGCGGUGAAGGAGACGGAUCUGAAACUCUGGAAUUUCACCGCAGAGCACAGAGUCCGUUGGAAUCCGCGUACCGGAAGCGGAAUUCGGAUGUAAUUGCGAGAGCUAGAGAAGUCGGCGGUCACCAAAACAUCAUGGGCGAAAGAUUUGCUAGGUUUUUAACGAGCUCUGGUUUAGAAUUGUGAAUUUUUAAGCUGUUUCGAUUUUUCUAGGAAAAUGAUACUUAUUGAAUCUACAGUACUGGUGUACCCUUAUUGUAUGUUUAUGUAUUUGGUGUGUAACAGGCCUAUGUGAUUAAUCGAUUUAUUGUAAAACCGAUUAAUUGAUGACACGUAAAAAAGAUCAAGUAAAGCGCCGGAAAUUCAUUGGAAAACGUUUAAAUCGAUUUUUUUAAAAAGAAAUUUUUAUUUCAAGUCUACGAUUAAUUGAUUAAACGCACAGCCUUGGUGUGUAAGCUAUCCGCGUCUGAGUAAGAUUGCGUCAAUGGGGUAGUGGGUCAGCUGUUUUCAUUGCAUCUUAUACCUAUGCAGGUAUGUUCAACUUCCAUGAAAAGGUGUAGAGAAACGGUCGUUUAAUCAUAUAACGUUAUUUGAUUAUCGUGUAAUAAAGGAAAUUGCAAUUUUUGUUAAACAUGUAUGUACGUAUCUAAUUACCUUCGCUGAAUGUGGACGAAUGUUACUGUUGUGCGUAUAUUUAAAUUGUUUCAAGUUUACCAAAGUUACCUGGCCAAGGUGGUUGCCUAAGGGAUGAGCUGAUUUUAUGACUGGCAUAUUGAUAAGUUCCCUAAUCACGGUUUAUAGAUAGUAUAGAGGGUAGCCUUUAUUAGAGUUGUAUAUUUUAAAUAAACUGUAAAAAUUUAUAUGCA